AUGGGAAGCGAUAUGAAAAAGGUAUUUAUUUCUGUUUUUUUCAUUUUAAAAAGGAAAUUUUUUAGACUUCGUCAUCGUCUGACAGCAAUGAUCACUCGUUCGAAAUCAUGGAUGCACUGCCAGCGUUUAAACAUGAUAUGAUGUUGACGGACAUCAACGGCUCUGGUCUCAAGCAUGUGAGAUAUUAUUAAUUUAAAAUUUAACAUUUAUUCAGUCCUCAGAGUAAUCUUGUAUCUGCUGAAUCAUGGAAUAUUUGAAGAGAUGUUUGUUGGUUCGCGCAACUGUCGCCCAUCUUUCACCAAGAACUGCUCGUAGAUCAUCUCGCCAACGGGGUUUGGGUCGUCCAACUCCACGCGUUUUCGCCCAUGGUCGUCAUUCCACGAUUUUCUUCGUCCAUGUGUCUUCUCCCGUAGCGAUCUUCUUUGCGAAAAGCCAUUUUCUCUUCACAGCUUCCGACCGAACUUCGCGUAGCUUCAACUUUUCAUAGAGCCAGGAGUUUCUUCUUCUGUCGAGCAAUGUUACUCCGAGCAUCCAUCGCAUCAUUUUCCGCUGUGCCGUUGCCAGAAGGUUCCUUUCUUUCUUCUUCAGAGUCCAAGUUUCCGAACCAUAGAGAAAAGCUGGUUCAAUACACAUGUUGUAUAUCUUGGCUUUGUGUAUAUUGGAAACGUUUCUUCGUGUUAAGUACGUUUUGAACUUGUGGAAGACGCUCCAUGCAGAACGAAUUCGGCGUUGGAUUUCGGUUUUCGAGCCAUCAGCGGAGUGGAGAUGGGUACCGAGGUAGAUGAACCCAUCCGUGUAGGCGAUUCUUUUCCCAUCAAUCUCGACAUUUCUUUGGGCUCGAUUAGCCAUUAUAAACGUUUUCGCGAAGUUGAUUUCCAAGCCGGCCUUCUUGCUCUCUUUUGCCAGCUCGUUAGCCAUUUCUUGGAUCUUCUGCGCACUGGAUGCAAACAGUACGACGUCAUCCGCAAAACGAAGGUGCGUCAAAGUCGUUCCAUUCACAGAAAAUCCAUAGCUCUCACAGUUAAGCCUUCGAAAAAUGUGCUCGAGGGUGGCGUUGAACAAGUCUGGGGAAAUUGUGUCCCCUUGACGCACUCCUUUCUGAAUUCGAACUGGUACAUCUUGUCCUCGAAUUCUGACAGAGACUUCUGCUUCUUCGUAGAUGUUUUUUUCAGAGUCAUAACGAUCUUCGAUAUUAUUAAUAAUUAUUAUAUAAUUUUUUUAUUGCAACUUUUUCUUUCUUAUUUCUAAUCCUAUGUUUUCAGCUCGGCGACAUUACUGGAAUUGAGAAUCUCAGUAUUGGAGAAUUCUCAUCUCCUGCCUUUCCUGUAGAAGGCGUUAUUUUCGGACCAAAUAAUAGACUAAUGGUGUGCCUCAACUGUCGUCGAGCCAAGAAGCCUAAUGCUCCAAUCUUCCAAGUCUGGUUUUUGGUGGAUAGUGGAUCGAAUUGCACGUUUCUUGACGAAAAAACAAUUAGCAAACUUAUGGGCUCCGACGCGAUUCCUUCGGCUCUCCACGUAUCUAUUCAGGUUUAGUUUUUGUACUUUCAAUUGUAUGACUAUUCUUUUAAUGAUUCAAAUUCCUCAUUUUAGGAAGAAAAUUCCGUGAUCGAGUGCGACCUCUCACACAGCCAUUUCAAGGAAGCGAACGUUUUGGGAAUGUUGGCACUGCGUAAAAUGAACUUGACGAUCGACAGCAUGAAUUGGACUGAAGAGACUUGGCGCCUUUCAAAACAAUAA